AUGGAUGUGUGCCCAGAGCAUACACCACAGGGGCCAGGGCUGGUGCUGGUGCGCCGGCAGCCCCCCGCCCCCCGGGGCCUGCGGCAGAGGCUCAAGGGCCAGCUGAGGUGGCGAGGGUGCAGCCUGCAGCGUGCCCGGGCACUGCUGCAGACGCUGGUACCUGCCACACGCUGGCUGCCACGCUACCGCCUGCGGGAAGACCUAGCUGGCGACGUGCUGUCCGGGCUGGUCAUCGGCAUCAUCCUGGUGCCCCAGGCCAUCGCCUACUCCCUGCUGGCCGGGCUGCAGCCAAUCUACAGCCUCUACACCUCCUUCUUCGCCAACCUCAUCUACUUCCUGCUGGGCACCUCGCGCCACGUGUCUGUGGGCAUCUUCAGCCUGCUGUGCCUCAUGGUGGGGCAGGUGGUGGACCGUGAGCUCCUGCUGGCCGGCUUCGACCCUGCUGCCACUGCCGAGGGCCCGGGGUGGAACCUCAGUGCCCACAACACCUCCACAGAGGCACUGGAGCCCCAGCUGUGCAGCCGGGACUGCUAUGCCAUCCGCGUGGCCUGCGCCCUCACACUGGUGACCGGAAUCUACCAGGUGAGGCGUCUGAGCACCACCCUGGGAGGCCAGAGGGGGGCGGGCUGUGCGGGGAGGGCGGCGUGCACAUCGGGGGCCAGGCCCUAGGUCCCCAGAGCACGUGACAUGAGGCAGCGGGGGGAGGCGUGGCCUCCUGCCCGUGUGUCCGUGCAUCAGCGUGGCCAGCUCCCUGUCAUGCUGGGUGAC